AUGGGUGAUGUCAAUUUUACGUUUGUUACUGAGUUUAUCCUUUUGGGACUGACCGAUCGUACUGAGCUGAAGUUGUUCUUCUUCGUGUUGUUCCUGCUCAUCUAUGCCAUCUCCUUGGUGGGGAACCUAGGAAUGCUCUUUCUAAUCCAAAUGUCUCCCAAGCUCCACACACCCAUGUAUCAUUUCCUUAGCUGUCUGUCAUUUGUUGAUGCUUGCUACUCGUCAGUUUUUGCACCAAAAAUGCUGCUGAACUUUUUUGUCAAACGGGAGACAAUCUCAUUCUCUGCAUGCAUUGUGCAGUACUUCUUAUUUGUGUCUCUACUUACCACUGAGGGCUUCCUGCUCACAACCAUGGCUUAUGACCGUUAUGUGGCCAUUGUCAAUACUUUACUUUAUACGGUGGUUAUGACAAAAAUAGUUUGUGUUUUGCUUGUAUUUGGAUCAUGUGUAGGAGGUUUAAUCAACUCAUAUACACACAAAAUUGGCUUGGUGAAACUGUCCUUCUGUGGGCCAAAUGUCAUCAGUCACUUCUUCUGUGACCUUCCCCCUCUGUUAAAGCUGUCAUGCUCUGACACAUCCAUGAAUGAAUUGUUGUUUUUAAUCUUCUCUGGCAUUAUUGCCGUGAUUACAUUCUUGAGAGUGAUGGUCUCCUAUGUCUUCAUCGUUGCUGCUAUACUGAGGAUACACUCCAAGGCAGGCAGACACAAAGCCUUUUCCACCUGUGCCUCGCACCUAACUGCUGUGACUUUAUUCUAUGACUCUAUAAGCUUUAGUUACAUUCAACCAAGCUCGCAAUAUUCCUUAGAACAAGAAAAGGUGGUUUCUGUAUUUUAUACCCUAGUGAUUCCUAUGUUAAAUCCAUUGAUCUACAGCUUAAGGAACAAGGAAGUGAAGGAUGCCAUGAAAAGGGUUAUAGACAAAAAACAUUUUUCUUGCUAA